GGCGUCUCUGCUAGGAUCAGUCAGUUAAAAUUUCGGCGGCGCGCUGCAAAAAAUAUAAUUGAUUUUUAAUUUCUCGAUUAUUUAUUGCCUUGAAAACCACCCUGUUUGUGUGAACUUGAACAAAAUAACAAUUUAGUGGUACGUUUUACAUCGUUUGCUCUAGGUGAAUCAACAAGUGGUUAAAUCUUCAAAGUUUAUACAUUAAUUUCGGUUUUUCGCUUCGGAGAAUUGGAGCCGAACAAGAAAGUCCGUUUUUCUUUGUUAGUUACGUCCCCCAGCAUGGAUCACGAUGACGAUGAAGGCGUCGGUUUCAUCAGACCUAGCCAUUAUUUGAAGAGUCCUACUAUUGCCGAACAACAAGCGAUGGCACUUCUGCAAGUGCCUAAAAAAACCGGAGAUAGAGAAGGGAGCAUAUCAUCGAGCGUAAGUGAUUUGGAUAUUCCCAUUUAUUCGUCCGAGAAUUUAACAACUUCUGUUAGGAGGGAACCACAUGGGGCUAAGGAAUUAGAAGCUAAAAAAGAAAGUAAUCUUUCUAAUGCUUCUUCUAAUUCAUCGAAUACAAAAGAUGAGGGGUCCUUCAAUUUAAAAUUGGGAUUUGCUAUCGUUGCCGGUGCUUUUGGAUCGUCAUUUCAACAUGGUUACAAUACUGGGGUCCUCAAUAACCCACAAGCAGUUAUUGAAAACUGGAUUAAAGAAAGCAUGUACAACAGGACAGGCACAAUUCCCACGCAAGAAAACGUCACAUUCGUUUUUUCUUUGAUGACUGCUAUGUUUUGUAUUGGAGGAAUGAUUGGAGGGUCGACUACAGGUAUGAUCGCUGACCGUUUCGGCCGUAAAGGUGGAUUACUUCUAAACAACGUGCUGGUAUUCCUGGCUGUGCUGUGCGAAGCUUGUUCUAAACCGGUUGCCUCCUACGAACUCUUUAUUCUCGGUAGAUUCUUCAUUGGUCUAAAUUCCGGCUUAAACGCUGGUUUAGCGCCGAUGUAUUUAGCCGAAAUAUCGCCGAUAAAUUUAAGAGGAGCCGUAGGAACUGUCUAUCAAUUAGUCAUCACAAUUUCCAUCCUGAUAGCUCAGAUUUUGGGUUUGCAAAGUCUAUUAGGAACAGAUACCCUCUGGGUAACUCUGUUAAUGAUGACAGUGAUUCCUGCCAUAUUCCAGGUAAUUACUUUACCGUUCUGUCCGGAAUCUCCGAAGUAUCUUCUAUCGAAUAACAAAGAAACUCAAGCUGAAAAAGCUCUUAAAUGGUUAAGAGGAACGUACAACGUACGCGAUGAAAUGGAAGUGAUGAACGCUGAAUAUGAAGCUGUGAAAUUGAUUCCUAAAGCAACAGUUAGGGAAUUGGUAACCAAUUCUGCCCUUAGAAUCCCGUUGAUUAUUUCGUUAACUGUGAUGAUUGCCCAACAGCUUUCUGGAAUUAACGCCGUUAUGUUCUUUUCGAGUACAAUCUUUAAAAUGGCCGGCCUGAAAGGUGAUAAUCCUACUUACGCUACUUUAGCUAUGGGAGGAAUAAACGUUCUAAUGACUAUAGUUUCAUUGUUCCUCGUAGAGAGGGCUGGAAGGAAAACUUUAUUGAUGGUUGGUUUCGGUGGUAUGGCUGUAGAUACGUUAUUACUAUCGAUUGGUAUGCGAUUUGUGGAUACUGGAUCAACAGCUGGAAUUUUCUGUGUAAUGUUCGUAUUGAUUUUUGUUAUAAUGUUCGCGAUUGGGCCCGGUUCAAUUCCAUGGUUCUUGGUAUCUGAAUUAUUCAACCAAUCUGCCCGUCCUACUGCUACCUCAUUGGCUGUUGGUAUUAAUUGGACAGCUAACUUCAUCGUAGGUUUGGCGUUCUUGCCCCUUAGUACUAUAAUGGGUUCGUACGUCUUCUUGAUCUUCUUCGCGUUACAAUCUUUAUUCCUACUUUUCAUUUACAAAAAGGUUCCUGAAACGAAGAACAAGACUCUAGAAGAAAUAUCAGCGAUCUUCAGACAACAGUCUUACCAAUAGAGUGAAUUUUGAUCAGGUAAAACUGAUGUAUGUGACAGUACUUCGUGUAUAGUUGGUGUAUUGAAUUUACCAAUAUCAGAUCUGAUUUAAAAAUUAAUGAAAGUGGAUGGUUUUUAUUUUCAAACAUCCGACUAAGUUCGAUGGUAUCAUCGAAAUAAAGACAUUAUUCAGUAUCGACAAUUUUUUUGUUACUAUGUCGACUUUCGAAAUAUUUUUUCAGUGAACGCUGGUUUUUGUAUAUGAUAAUACUCAACUAUACUCCUCAAAUAAUAAUUUGUUUGUAUAUAGACAUUGUGACUGAAAAUUGAAAAAAAAUUAGGUAUAGGUCUUUACAACGAUUCUAAUGGGUGAUUGUAACAGUAGCGGUUAAAAAAAUUUUCCUUUUACUACCAGGAAUGGUACUGAAACGUUUGUUUGUCGUGGUGGAACGUUUUCAGUAUAUAAAAAUUUGUAAAUUUGGAAUUUUCUCAUGAAAUCUCUUUACUGCUACAGAUUCAACACAUGACUGGUCUAGAAUGAUUUAUUAUAGAUACUUAAAACGACUAGCAAUGCCAACACUAAUUUAUGACAGACAGGUAAAAUCAUUGGAAAAACCUAUACCAAAACAAAAAUGUAGAAAGCCUCUCAGCAAUUUACCAAAAGUAUUUAACUAGUUUACUUUUGAAAAGACUGCAUAACCAAAAUACUUUCUUUAUAGUUAAGUUAGUAAAUAAUAGUUUUUAAGUAGAUGACUUUUCCUUACAAGUAUAUCCAGUGAGUAAUAUCUGAAUCCUUAUUUUCAAUCUCUUAUUGUUUAGCAAUAAAUUGUUUCACCAACUUCCCAUUUAUUGUUAAAAAAUUGUCUAUAAUGCUCUCUAAAUCACAUAUGGGCAUUCAGAAGGUUCUUCGUUGUACAUGAGGUCUUUCACCUCCACUAGUUGGUCAAAAGUAUUCAGAGCCUCGUAUUUCAACUAGUCUCACUGAAUCUUCUACCUUCUACCUCAACUGAUCAUAUGAGAAACUAGAUGUAGGUUGCUGUCCAAUCAUUUUGGGUACUGAUCAAAUGGCAUAUGUAUACGUUAACAAUGAGUGUUUGGAGAACAGUGAGCUGGCGAUUCUAAGCGCGCAAUACUAAAUAAUGGAGUAUACAAAUUAUGAAGGACAGGAUUCUAUAUAAUAAACACAGUAAUCUUAAUCUUAGAUCGUCUGAGAGUGUUAUGUACUAACACGUGCGAAGUUAAAACACUUGGCAAGCCUCAUAGUUUGCCUAGUGACGUUAAAGAAUCGAAAUGAAAGUCUUUUCUAAUGCCUUUAGUAAUUUUAAGUGGGGUACGACAAGCGUUGACCACCCACAAUCGAACUAUAACUAUAUCACGUAAUUAUUUUUGUUUACUAUUUAAUUAUGUAAUUGUAUGCACUUGAGAAUACUCCAAUUUCCAUCUUACGUAAUUUACCUUUCAAAAAUCCACACUUCAAACAUUGAAAUUCCUUUUCAAGUAUGCGAAUCAUAAUAAUACCUGUUAAAAGUAGGGUUAUGUAUGUCAAAUCCAAUAAGCCUGUUCUUCGAAAUAUACAUCACUAACCUGGUCGGUGGUAAUAACGUCAUUAAACUUGGUGAGAAAAUAUAUGACGAUAGAUAACCUCGUUGUACGGAGUGGUUAUUUAAUUUUAAAUUUUUCGAGGCUUUUAUCAUAAAAAUCGAUUUGGAUUAAAUUGAUUCUCAACAAUUAAACGACUUUUGGUUUAAUCUUUUGAUAUCAAUUGUAGUGAUUUUUAGUAUAUUAAUUUUGGAAGUUAAUAAAUUUAUAUUUCUUCAGACACAGAAGUAUCUCAUUCAAUUUUCGGUGGAGUAUUUGACCUUGAGUCUGUUUCCUACAAAAAUAUUUUUCCUAUAAUAAUCUCUGUUAGUUUAACGUGUAGCUACACGGAAAAAAUUGCUGUUUUUGAAAAAUUGAUUCAUUUCGACAUAAAUGAGUUAAAUUGUAGUUUCCGUACAUAAAAAUUUUAUUUAACUUCAACAGCUGUGCAGAAAAGUGAGGUAAUAAACUUCUCGAAAAAUGGCCGCGGCGAAGCAUGCGCGUUGGAAAUAAGUUUUAGAGAGAACGUUCACUAUCAUAUUAUAAGUUUAGAUAUUUUGAUUCAAUAUUGGGAACGUAAAUACAUAAACAAAUAUAGAAGUUAACGUAGAAAAGUUAAUAGAGAACUUUUAAUGUUAAAAAAAUGAAAAUUGAAAUUUGUUUUAUAAUUCAUAAACUCGGGGAUUCUACAUAAGGUCAACUUAUCUUUUUUAUUUAUUUAUUGGUUGUUGUAUGAAUCCAUUUAGGUGCACGAAACUGCUCACUGGGUAUCACCAUCUCGAAAUACGACUAUUUUCAAUUGUACCACACAUUUUCAAGUGUACAUUAAAAAAUUAUUGUCUAAUGUUUGUUUGAAGUUUUUGGAUAUAGAUUCAUCCCAAACAAUGAACAAAUUGAAAUUUAAAAGCUGAUUAAUGAUUGACUUUGUUCAAUUAGAAUCUUCAAAUUUACAAAAAUACUUACUUAAUCCCUUCGUCUAUGAGUCAAUAGUACGAAAAAAAACUUUUUAUGGUCAUAUUAUUGAAUAUAAUGGAUUGGUUUUCAACGAUAUAGAGUUAUGUACUUUAAUAAUGCUUAAAUUGAAAAGUGGUACAUAGAGAAUAGUAUUUCACUCAAAUUAACAAGAAAAAUAAGCAACACCCUGAAUUAAUUUAAGGGCUGUGCCCUAAAAAUAAAAAUUUGUAGUUCUAAAAGAUGAUUGUCUAGUCAGUUUAUUCGAAAAUUCAACGGUUUCAACCGAAAGCUGUUGUUCAAAUUAACAGAAGCGACAAUUUACUCAGGAUACACUAAGAAAACAAUCCUUAAUAAAAAUUUUCUUAUUUCAUAAAGCUAUAAUGUAAUAUUUAGAAAUGUAGAAUACAAUUUAGAUCAAGAGAUUUUGUUGAUUUCGAUACUUUUAUAUGAAAAAUUAAAUAUUUCAUACAAUUAGAUUACAUUUAUACUAAUGUUAGUUCAAGAAACGAAUAGACAACUUUUUUCAGUGUAUUCUGUUGUUAUUUCUCAAAAAUUUGAUACACCAACAAAUUGUCGCCUGUUUUUGAUUAGUAGCUCUCUGGUUUAUCAGUCUCGUCAACAAGUGCUUUUUUGUGAAAACUUUUUCUCUUUUUAUUUUCAACCCUUGUUAAAAAUUAUGAAUAUUAGUCCUACAUUUCGGAGAGUCCAGAGUUUUUUUUAGGAAAUUUCCUGUUCUUUUUACAGAUUUGAUUUCAGAUUUCAAAUUUUUACAUGCGAUUCUGAAUCGAUUGACAUCUUAACAAUAUUUUUACUUUUGUACUUUAAACGCAUUUGUAGACUAGACUAUAUACGGUAUUUUAUUUUUUUACCCAUAAAAUUAUAGUUCUUCCAAUAUCAAUUGCAGAUUACAGAAGCCCUUGCCGACAAUUUUGUUUGAUCUACCAUAGGCGUAGAUACCUCAUUUUAUAAAUUUAUUAUUUUUUAAAUACUUUUAAAAAUGGCAAAUAAAACGUAAAUAGACGAGUAAAAUGUAGGGAGUUUGGUUUAAACAGGGUACCAGACGUGAACUGAAUCCUUUUUGUACUCGAUUCGUUUUUUUCUGGAAAACGAAAUUUCAAAGCAAAAACCAUAAUUGUAUUCUGGAUAAUCUGCUACCUUUUGCUGUAUUACUUCUAAUGUCGCAGCCCAGUUCACCUUAAAUAAACUAUACAUUAUCCUGUACAUAAAAUCUUGGAUAGCUUUGUCAACUGAUUUCAGUUUUUCUUUACAUGUUUCUCGGUUCUGUGUAUGAUCCAUAGCAACCCCUUUAUUACAUCAUCAGAUUGUUGAAUAUUUUCCUUUUUCAAACUUUCGAAUAUAUUUAAAAUAAUUGCUGUGUUUUUAUAUCUAAAUUUCAUUGUCUUCAUUCGCCCAUAAUUAAUUUAUGAAUUAAAUUAAUGUCACCAAGCAACGCCACUGCUGUCAAUUUCAAAGAAAUUGUGUACAUACUACUUCCGACAGCUUCGGCCAAUAGAAAUGAAUUUACGUUUACGAUUCGAUUGGUAAACAGUGGAGACGAUAAGUCCACGUGGACUGACGGUUUGUUAGAUGUUUACCGAAUGUUAUACGGGGAGUAAACAUUAUUUUUCAUUUCUUAAUUUAUGGAAUGAUCGUUCCUCACAUAACUGUCUUCAGGAAUUGAUACUGGAAGAACUAUAGAAACUUCGGUGAAGAUUGUUUUAGUUUUGGCUGCGAUUGAGAAAAUAAUUUUUAUAAAAAAAGAUGCUGAGAGGCAGUACUAAGUGUUUGUUUAAUAAUUGUUAUAAAUAGAUAUUUGAUAGGAAACUUUGUUGUUUUCUAAAUAUUUCAGAUGCUCAUUAGUUGUUAGAAAAUAAAAUAGUAGUUUGAGUGAAAGCAGCUUUUAUACCUAUUUAUUGAAACAUAUAUUUAUUUCUGAAUGAUUUAGUUAUUAAAUUAGUAACAGGAAAUUUGAAUCUAUGAAUUCAGUAUUAAUAACAAUUGAAAAGAAGAAUAUAUCAAUUUGAUUUAAAUUUAUGCAAAAAUGUAGACAACAAUGAUUCAAAAAUAAUGUCUUGGUACUAAUUUAAAUAAUGAAUGAAUUUAUUAUCUAUUUUAAAAAGACAAAGUAAAUCUCGAAAAAAAAACUUUAUAUAUAUGUAAAUAAGAUACAACUCUACGGUUUAGUUUUGUGGAAAUUUAAUUUGGGUUGAAGGUCUUGAAAUGAGUUCGUUUUACAUACAGUACAACCAAAUUUAUAAAAUCGACUUUGAAAUUCACUUUAAUUCUUAAAGAAAUUUAAAAGUCAACGUAUAGUAUAUAAAAGUGAACAUUUUGAGGCCUAAAAGAUAAUUUUGAAAAGUUACUACAACAAAAAUCAAAAUUAAAACAUCAAAAUAUGGAUGAAAGAAGGAAAAUGUGGAAAAAACAAAAAUGAAGGUUUUUAUUUAUCGAUUACAAUAAAGCAUAUGACAAAAUUAGCACAACAACUGAUAUGAAAAAAUAAGAGAAUUCCAUUGUGCAAUAUUUUAGGAGGUAAUUUUCAAAAUGCAGUCAUAACAUUAAGCUAGGAAAAAAAUCUCAAGUUUCCAUUCUUCUUUUCAAUUCCAGCAUCUCAAAUCCAUUAUCUUUAUAAUGAGUGGUCUGUGUUGUUAUCGUGUUGUUUUUUGGUAAAGAAACAAUAACAAUCGAAAAAGAAUCAUAAACAAUGAAAAAUUAUAAUUAACCCUAAAAAAAUAAAAGGUUAAAUUCGUCAAAAUAAUAAUAAUUUAUUUGUAAUUAAUCUGUCAAUAUUUAGAGUUUCCUUUACUCGAGCUUGUUUCUACCUCAAAUUUUUAUCUUAUAAAUACUCUAUAGGAUUAAAGUCCGGCCCAUGCAUUGGUCAAUCCAUAGUUCCUAUUUCAACAUUAGUAUGUAUUAGGAUGAAGUUUUCGCAGAUGAAUCUGGCGUAGGGAACGACGUCAUCCCCUCAAAUUUCUUCAAUGUUUCAGUUCGUCGUUAGUCACCCCGCUCUACUGUCAGUUUUAAUGGAAACCGAGGUUUUUUCUUCAGUUGGAAUGCUCGUCGAAACCAUCCAGGAACUUUCUCGAAAAGCCACGUUAUUUUCAUACAGGGUGGAAUUGUGGUGGAUUAUAGAAUUAUUCUCGGCCGUUUGGCUGGUGAAUGGGUUACCUGCAACACUCGGGAGAAAAAUGAACAUUAUUAAGAGCCAAUUUUACAAGCUAGGGUAAAAUUGGAGAUUAAACUAGAGUUUAAACUAUGGUUUUAACUCUGGAUUAAGCCAAGAAUAAACAAGAUUCUGCCAGAUGUCAUAAAUAUAAUCAAAGUGUUUCCGAUAUUAGUUUUAAAGUUGAUUUGUUUAAGAAAAUUGUAUGAAAAAUCGUGCAAUUGCUAUGAAGUAUUACUUUUGGUUAAAAAAAAGUGAUACGGUAACUUGGAA